UUUAUUCUGUCUCUUGGCUUCAUCUUCCACGCACCAAAUGUUACCGAAUGUCCACCAUCAGUCUCUUCCUCACAAACGCAGAAAGAGAAAACUAAUCUCUCUCCUCUCUCUCUCUCUCUCUUAUGAUGCAGAAGGAGCUACCUUACUUCAACAUCAUCUCCUCCUCCUUCUUGUUUCAGUUUCUUGUCCUGAGCUCUUCUUCUUCUGCAACAAGACAUGACAUGUCGACAAACCCACCAACGGUUUUCCCUACAAACCCCACGACUACACCGCCCGAAACAUUUCCUCCGGCCAUCAUAACACCGACGAAUCCCACCACCACAAGCCCUGUAACCAUUCCUUCCACUUCACCAAUCACUCUUCCUCCUGUCGUGACGACAAACCCAACGACGACAACUGUUCCUGAAUUCGCACCUCCUGUCGUAACUAACGCUCCCGCGAUUCCCGGACAGAGCUGGUGCGUUGCGAGGCCCGGAACUUCUCAGAUUUCGCUUCAAGAAGCUUUGGAUUUCGCCUGCGGAGUCGGAGGAGCGGAUUGCUCGCAGAUACAGCAAGGCGGAAACUGUUAUAUCCCCAACACGAUCCAGAAUCAUGCUUCGGCUGCGUUCAACAGCUAUUACCAGAAGAACCCUUCACCUCAAAGCUGUGACUUUGGUGGUGCAGCUGUGGUGGUUAACACCAACCCAAGCAGUGGUUCUUGCAUCUACCAGUUGUUUUCUUCAGCAUCUCUAUCAACACCGACCCCAUCGACUCAAACCGUAACACAACCAGCAACGCCGACGGCAAUCACACCAACUGGUGGAGGCAUGAUCGGAUACGCCACUCCUCCACCGGUCUUUAACCCGGCGAAUCCAUUCCCAAAUACACCAACGAAUCCAGCUUCAGGAACAACAGCAGCAGUUUAUGGCUUUGAUGGCUCACCUUCUACCACAUCGGAAUCUACCCGGUUGCAGAUACGCUUUGAUCAUGUUCUGGUGACGGCAACUUCAGUCCUUGCAGGGUUCCUAGGUCUUUGGAAGUAGAAACACACCCCACAGAACUGUCUGAAAUAGUUUUGUCUUUAGCUGCUUACAGAAGCUUCAGUUGUUUAAAAUUAAGCAUCAUUACACAAACAAGAACAGGAGCUAGGAAUCUGUAAACACAGUUUGAUUUCAUUCAGGUCGACGUGCUUGCUUUA